UCUGACAUAACAGAGAAGGAAGAUUUGCCCUGCCCAUUCAGCACAGUGCUUUCAGGCUUGUGUUUUUCAGCUACAACUCUGCCCGGCACUGGUGGAGAAGGGACCGUUUGCAGGAAAGGGAGGUUGCAGGGUUUGUUUGAUUAAAUCCCUGCAAGCCAAAAGGUUCGCUCUCUCUCACUCAUUGAGAAUUGCUCACAGGCUGUUUUACUUUGUUUCAAAGAGAAAAGAAAACAAACCCCAAACCCAGCAACCGACAACACAGGCGAAAAAGCAGGUGCGCCUUGAGCUCUCGGGAAAACAAAGAGACUGAGGCAGGAGUUGACACUUUAGAAGUUUCCCUCCCAGCACAGGAGGACAAGUUGGGAAAAGACUUGGACAAGACCGCACUUGCUGUCCUACAGUGGCAUCUCUGGUCAGCCUCACACUUGAAAAUUGAGUGCAGGCUGGAGACAGCAUGUUCUCCCGGCAGUAAUAACUUGUUCAGUUAAUUAUACAAGCUCCUAUGACUCGGGUUCCAUUUGAGAGAGAUCAAAGCAACGUGGGCUGUUGUGGAAACGAGAGGACUUUUAAGAUGGCAUGAAUCUAAUUAGAAGACCUUCUCCUUGAAUCGUCUGAAAAGGUCUGUAUCCAGGUGAAGUCCCACAGCAGAUGAAUCUCCUAAGAACCACCUUUGCUGAGGAACCAUGACGAAUGCCUGUCAGUGAAACCCAAGUCAGCGGCUUCAAGGGUAUUUUUUAGCUAUAAGCUCAUUGCUGUCCUCCCUCCGUUCACAAGGCUGUACAGCAAAGGUACUGGACAAAAUGCCAUCCUGGGGUACUGCAGCUCUUUGCUCCUUGUUUCUACUUGUUGCCGAAAGUUGCCAGACAUCACAGGACUCAGAGUUUGACCCAUUCAUCCAAUAUGCAACUAACAGUAUGCUAGAAGAGGAACGUUUCCACUUGGAGUGGCAAAGGCAGAAGCGAAAUGUGCUUACUUUUGACUUUCCCACUGUGGCGUAUACUGUUGACAUUGAAGUAAGCCUUACGGAUUUAUCCUUUCUGGGUCCAGUCAAAGAGUAUUUCAAGAACCUUAAUCUUCCAGUUUCAGCAAAUGUUUCAAAUGUAGAGCUGACAGUUUCAAGCAUCAAUGUUACAACAGUUUGUCUGCCCACUGGUGAGAACAAGAGCUGUUGCUCCUGCGAAAGUGGAUAUGCAUGGCCAAGAGCAGUUUGCAGUGACUUAAUAACCUGCCCUUCUGUCAGUCUAGCACCCAAGCAGUCCUGUGGCUACAUCAAACAAUUGCCUUUCUAUGGGCCUUAUUGUGAGCCUCAGAUGGCAGACUCUUGUGGUAUGGGAGAGCCCCUUGUAAUAAAUAUGUCAGUCAGACUCAACACAGUCUUUAUGAAUGAUCUCGGGGAUUCUUCUUCUGAAUUAUACAAAAAAUACAAAGCUGACCUUGAAAAAGCGUUUAAUGAGAGCUACAGAUGUUUACCAGGCUUUGUAUUGGCAACAGUAACCAGUUUCAGGCCUGGGAGUGUUUCUGUGAACUAUGAAGUAACAGCAGCAUCAGCAACCUUCAAACAGAUAGAAAAUUCUAAUAGAUUUGUACCACAAUUUCUAGACACGUCGUACAGGCUAAUUCCCACCUCCUUUACCACAGAAAUAACAAAUCAGACAAACUUCACCGUGAUACCUGUAGAUAUUUUUGAAGGGGACACAAUAACACUGAUUUGUGAGACAAAUGUAGCUUCUGAGAAUGUGACCUGGUAUCAUUCUGGUCAGAUCAUCUCAAACAGCAACCGACACUCAGUGAUAACACAAGUUACGCAAAAAACCUCAAGGACAAUUCUUAAAAUUACUGAAGUAACAACGGUGGAUUCUGGUUCCUAUAUGUGCAUUUUCACAAACAGCAGUCUGUACUACAAGCUGAUAUAUAAGGCCAUGAAAGCAAUAAACGUCUCUCCACUACACAUCAUUUCACAUUUAAAUGACAUUAAUGUUACGUGUGACAGUCCUGAAAUGCAGACAAAUGGUCCUUUGCUGUUCUGCUGCAUUGACAGACAAUUACCAUCACUAACUGGCGACUGGAAAGUAAAUGGACCUAUCAACAUUACAGGAGUCUCCAGUUUCACUGGAAAUUGCACUGAAUACAAGCUCAAAGUCAAUGCAUUGCUAUGCCCACCUGAGAAGUCAGGUACAGUGACAACAUACACAUGUGAGCUGCAUACUGGACAUGGUGCAAGCACCAGUCAAAACAUCAGAGUGACGUAUUUCCGAACAGCACGUGUAACUAUAACUUCAAGUAUAAAAACAUUCGUUUCUGAGGGACGCUCAUUUAAUCUAACAUGCACAAGUGAUGUGAGCAACUAUGACAACGUAAUUUGGAAAAUCCAGGACAGAAAUACCACCAAAAUUAUAGACUGUCCCAUGUGCAUCAAUAGCAGCAAAAACCCAGCGAAAUCUGAGCUCAGUGUGAGGACUGCCACUGAGGCCUGGAGCGGCACCUACAUCUGCACGUUCUCCCAGAAGAAUCUGAACAGUUCUGCCAAUGCGACAAUCAUGGUUGUUCCCUUGCCUCUGAAGCAGAACAUCCUGCUAGACCCCAUCAGUGCGUUUAUACAGAAUAACAAGUUGCAAACCCUUAAGUGUUGCAUAAAUGCCAAUACCAGUGACGAUUAUAAUGUUACAUUUGUGGUUCAAGAAAAUGAAUUUCAAGCUGGGAAAAAUAAAGAAGGAUAUUUGUUGUGCUAUUACACAAUGUAUAAUUACACAGAAACAAAACCAGACAGCAACACAUCACCCCUCCUGGCAUAUUGUAAGUUUGUUAAUCGCAUUGGAGAUGAAGUCAAGAGUAACCAUAUAAUACUGCAACCGAUAUCUGGCGGGAAAGUUGACUGCUCAGACUCUUUGGGCACUGGAGAGCAAGGAGCCAAAAUAGAGAAGCCGUGCACUGAGUUAAACAGUGAACAUGGUCUUAACCGAGGCACUGUCACUUACGAGUGUUCCAGCAGCUCCUGGGUGGUUUCCAGAAAUGAUUGCCUUUCUGUAACAAUAAACAGUUUGCUUCUGGGGGCUGAGUCUUUGGUCAACAAUCCUGAGGCAAGAGCAAAGCUACCUAAAUAUCUUGAUGAUCUUCAGAAUCUGACAGCACAGAAGCAAAGUACAUUAAAUCAUUCUGCAAACCUAGGUGCAAUUGUUACCAUCCUGGAUUUGGUCUCCUCUAUCCCAGUAGAUGCAAAUAAAUUCAAUAUUAAAAAUUUCCUCUCUACAGUGGACACGAUUGCUGAUGAUUCCAUAAUAGAAACUUGGAAAGUACUGGAUGAGCAGCAGCCACAUAAAAGCUCUUUGUUACUGCUUUCAGUAGAAAGAUUUUCAGAGUACCUCCAACCAGUUAAUAAUACCAUUCCUCCUGUCAACACAGAUACCAUUCAGCUAGAAGGUAUAGUAGUCACAGAAAAUAGCAAGACAGACUACAGUAAGAACUUCACCAGUAAAGAAAACCUCACGGUUAAUGUGCUAAUAGAUGAAGCUGAAAUUCAGACCCUGCCACAAAGUUCCACCAUUGUCAGUGUGGCCUACUCAACACUUGGACAUAUUUUGCCCCAGAACAAGCCCAUGCUCGUGAAUGGCUUACUGCUAACAACAACUGUGAGCAGAAACAGAAAGCAGAACAUCCAUAUUAAUAUGACUUUUGCAAAGAAAAAUACUUCCCUAAAGGAGCCACAGUGUGUCUUUUGGAACUUUGGUCCCAAUAGCAGUGGAGAUUGGAAUAGUAGUGGUUGCACAACCAUAGAGGCAGAAGAUGAUGUCAUUUGCUCCUGCAAUCACUUGACAUCAUUUUCGAUUCUGAUGUCACCUGAUGAAUCCCGCCAGGGAAGCACUGAAGAUUAUAUUACCUACAUUGGUCUGGGCAUUUCCAUCUUGAGUUUGGUGAUCUGCCUUAUAAUUGAAUCCUUAGUUUGGAAAUAUGUGACGAACAACACAACCUCCUAUAUGCGCCAUGUCUGCAUACUCAACAUAGCUAUGUCACUCCUGCUCGCUGACAUUUGGUUCCUUGUCACUGCCUCCACUCAAAACAAAAAGCAUAUCUGUAUAGUGGUCACCUUCUUCAUCCAUUUAUUCUACCUCAGUGUCUUUUUCUGGAUGCUCAGCCUGGGCCUCAUUCUUUUGUACCGACUGGUCUUCAUCUUACACAACACAAGCAAGACUACUCAGAAAAUGGUGGCAUUCUGUCUGGGAUAUGGGUGCCCCUUUGUCAUUGCAGUUAUCACCAUUGCUGUCACUCUGCCAAAGGACAUUUAUACCAGAAAGAAAGUCUGCUGGCUCAACUGGGAAGACAGCAAUGCUCUCUUGGCCUUUGUCAUACCUGCCCUUAUCAUUGUGGCCAUUAAUUUGUUCAUCACUGCAGUCGUCAUAAUAAAAAUACUGAGACCAACCAUUGGGGACAGGACAAACAAGCAAGAGAGGAACUCUUUGAUUCAAAUUGGCAAAAGCGUGGCCAUCCUGACACCACUGUUAGGCCUUACCUGGGGAUUUGGCUUUGCCACCAUCAUCAAAAGCAGCUCCCGGGCAUUCCAUAUCCUCUUUGCUCUGCUCAACGCUUUGCAGGGAUUAUUCAUUUUGGUGUUUGGGAGUCUCUGGGACAAGAAGAUACAAGAAGCCUUGCUGAAGAGGAAUUCACUCUCCAGAUGGAGUUCACAGCAAACAAAGUCAACCUCCCUGAUCCUGGUCACUCCAAUGUUCGCUAUGAGCUAUCCGUUCUCAAGGACUUUUNNNNUGCUUUGCUUUGCAGGAAAAUACAGAGUAUCUUCUUCAGAGCCAUCCAGCUCUUCCUCUGAAAACACUUCCAAGUCAUAUUCUUUGCUGAACUGAAGCACUGCAGAUGCUAAACAAUGUAUCUGUAAAAGGACCUAUGCCCUUUCUGAGUCACAAAUACAAGGCAUCUGUGAGUCGUGAAGAAGUGAACUGCUUCAUAUUGACUAAACUGCGCCUUUGUGCAUUCUUCGGGAAUAAUCCUUUCUGGUUAAUGUGUAAGGCAGUGAAGCUUCGCAAGAUGGAGUUUUACAUUCUGCCAAUUCCAGAAGAGAUGACAAGACAUUUCAAACUUGGAAGGAUUUGAAGGUCUUCAAGUGCCAUUAAAGACUUUGGGAGUGAAGAAUUCUCAGCUUCUACAAGGGUGCUUAGCACUGUGCAGUACUGAGCCAUGAAAGGCAGUGCUAUCACAGCUGUUGUCCAGCGAUUUUAGUAUUUUCCCUUGCCAACUCUCUGAAUGAUGCCAAAAGCCUAUGUGGAUACAGAAAUACCUCCUAGCUUCUCAUCCACCCUCCUGUUAGAGUCUGGAAUGGCCAAAGAGUAUACUGCUCUGCAUUUUCUGUUUAACAUUUUGUGGAACCAAACUUUCACAACUGAGAAGGUCCAUUUCAGAUCUUCACUUUUGAGUCAGAUAAAAAUGAAGACCGUGAUAAUUCCUGCAUGUUUAUCUUUCAGAUAGGGUGCACCAAAAGCUCCAUGUGGCUCCUCUUUAAGAAACGGAAGCAAACUUUAUAUCCUUAACUACAAUUCUCCUUCCCUUGAUAUGUAGUGUGGUAAGAGAAAGAUGGUUCCUGCCCUUUACCACAGAGAGGGCUGCAUUUAUUUAGUGUUAAGUAUGCAAGGAUUCUCUUGUAUAAAAUCUGUAUGUUUAGAUCUUCUGUUGUUCACCAGAGGAGAUUCAUACUUGGAGGGCUCAGAGUGUCAAUUCUGCAGUGAAUAGAAACCACCAUGUGCUAGGCAGGAUGAAAGGUUCUAUAUAAAUUAUUGCUCUAACACUACAUUUGUGGAAUCAGCUAUUUCCAAGCCUCUAUGCCUUUAAAGGCAAGGUUCAGAUAUCUUAAGCAAAGGGUUAUGAAAGUGCCUGCAAAGUAUUUGUAGCAAAGACAAAUGUUAAGAAAUCUUAAUGUGAAAUAUGAUAGAAGAAAUUUCACAAAUCAUGAAGACUUAGAUUUUGGGCCAGUAUCAAAUACCGCUGUCAGGUGGUACAGCCCCAUUUGGUUCCUGGGAAAACAGGGCCUAUGUUCAGCAGUGGUGAACUUGUUCCCUGGACUUUGGAGUGGACUAGAAUUGGAAACUGUUGCUUUCAGUUACAGGGAUGUGCGACAGUUUGGGAUGGGCAGGUGUUGAUGAUGAUGAUGACUGAAGACAAUAAACAAGCAUCAAUCAUCAAGUGCA